CAGUGUAACUAGUUGACUUAACCCAAGCUCGUGAACAAGUUCUCGUUUUCACGGAACGUUCUCUAUGGAUCGUCUAAUAAUCGCAACGGGGAAUUUUCAAAGGAUGUUGCAGAUUCUACAUUACUACUGAAACUUCGAGGGAACACGCGCUGUAACCUGGAUUAGGUGCACUUGGAAACUCUGGUGCACCAUAUUUUUGUCGAAUUUUCAUUUCAUCGAGUAUUCACAUUGCCCUCUCGUGUGAAAAAGACGCGUUCGUCCGUGAACGAUCAGCCGUGAAUCGAAAGCCUGGAUUAAUUCGCGGCUGAAUGGGAUCGCCGGUGCAUCGACCUCUCGUCGAGUAUAAUACCUGUUGUCCGAAUUUUACUAUUUUUUUUCACUCAUCUUUUUUUCUUUGCUCUUUACCUGGCUCUUUCACGAGAAGCUCAAGUGAAAAGUGAAUGACGUUCAGCUUUCGUCGACCGUCCUCGAUCUUGGGAUAAUAAUGUUCGGCGGCAGACGGUCGGUUGCUUUGUUCGGCGCGAUGAUUCGCCUGUUUCCUGUUUGAUGAAUCUCUACAGACUUCAAAGCAGGCCAGCGUAAGAAAGGGACGGUUCUGAAGCCCCGUAAUAGAAUUCAAUGUAAGAAAGAAGAAAAAACGUGGGAUCGACAAGGUCUGGUUGUUCGGAUAAAAGAAAUCCCGGACACUUAUCGAACCUUCCCGUCCAGUAACUUCGACGUGGAGCUAAAGCUUCUUGGAAACGGUUUGCAGCGUUCAGUGAAACCGCGUUAUCAUCGAGGAUCAAGAUCCAACUCUGUGUCCCCGAAAGGAGCCGAUUCAGCCGUGCGUAGCAAGUGAAACGAACACGCUGGCCGGAAGUGCCGCCUCAAUGGGAGCGGGUCCUCGUUCCAGGGGGCCGCAUUCGGAAAGACGUCAGCCUCGCGCAGCUCGAUGGGUCACAGAGAAUCGCGGCGAGAAAACAGACGCAGAAGUUGAAACGGCUGGGAGACACGAACGGUGUUGGCCAGCCCAGCUCGUUGCAACUUGCUCCGCAGCAAUAGGGCAAAUGGGAAAGUUGGUGAACGGAGCAACGACGAUACCUCUCUCGGCUUGCUUGCUAAAAACUUUUACGAGAGUGUUCCAUAGCCAGCGCGGAUCACGAACGAAUCUUUUCUACUUUUCUAAGUGCGUCGUUCAUCGGGACCAACAGUAACUGGCAGUGUGUCCAUAAGCUGGCUUCAUUAGCCGUAAUCAUUUACCAGGGAACGACAAAGUUGCCCGUGCAGUUUCACUGACUGCGAUAGAGGUUUCAUUGACCAUUAAUGUUAUUCACGACGUAUCACGCGGAUACGUCGCCCUCGACUGGCCUAACAAUUUCUUUGCUACGUCGUUGGAAUGUUAACGAACGCGGUGUGAUCGUGCGAAAUUAAAACAUACGAGAAGAAACAUUCUGAAGAAAUCUGGAUAUUCCUGAAGUCGUCGAUCGUCACGUUCCCAACAAUCGUGCCUUCCAUUUUGUCAUGUAGCCUCGAGAAUGUUGAAUCAGUGUAUGGAAACGAGUGUCUAAAAAAUUCUAUGGACUUUUUUUUGUUCGUCCUAUCGGCGUAAAGCGCAACUGCAACAACGGCGCGUUCCUUGGUAGUUCGUAAUCCGCAGUUCGCACGUUCCGAACUUGCCGCCAAAAUCCUAAUCCUGACGAAUGUCGCGCGUUCGCGCUGUCAGUGAAAGAUGUGGAAAGCAGCCGAAGGAUUCGGCACACGGGAUCUCCGAUUUGAACGAAUUCGUGGAAUGAGCGUAUUCGCACUUGCUGAAGCGACCGGUUAGGAAUCGAAUCGAUGAAGCACAUCAGCUAGCUUGUUGAAAUGGAGGUGAAGUAGGAUUACUUCGAUACUUUGGUAAUCCAAAGAAGAAUGGAGGUAGAUCGACGAAGAAUUUACGGCGGAUAGGUUCCAUUAACGAUGAGACAAAUCUCGAUGCGAGCGCGACUGUGACGAACUAAAAAUUGGAAUCGAACGAUUGGUUGUACAGGCGGAGGAAUUCAUGCCUGAAGAAGGAACCAGCGGAAAGGUUCCUUUCGAAAAGGAACUAAGUAAGAAACAUAAAUUCUUGUAAUAUUGUUAUCCAAAUUCACAAGAAAUGACGUGAAAAGCGUAAUGUCAAUGAUGUAAAAAAUAUUUCAAAUUCGAGAACAUAUACAAACAAAAUCUUUAUUAAACAUAAAUCCACAAAGUAUAAUCGAGGGAACAAAAUAGCUAAAAAGAAAAUCAAACUGCCUAGCUAAAAUUUUCCAAACUUAAUUAAAUUCUCUGAACAACUAUUGCUUUAAAAAAAACCUUGCGUGUCUUUAAAACGAACUUCCAAACAAAAAUCCGAAUUUACCUAGAAAAAAAGAGAAAAAAGAAAAGAAAAGACAAUUAAAAGUCUAAACAGGGUAAAAACCACGUUACGUAUCUAGAGAAGCAACAAUCAUUCCAGCGAUCAGGCUGUGUAGUCGCGGUUAGGAAAGAAAAGGAGACGUCGUUAGCAAAGAUUUCAGUGCUAUGCAUCGCGUUGGCUACUGGAGCCUCGAUGACCUUGACUCAGCGAGCAUGAAGCACCCAUCGAGGUCACCGCGACUUGAGAUUGCUAUGGCACUGUUCGGCAUGGUCUGGCUGUUGCGUGUCCGCUCGGAGAUGCGUCGUUGCUCGAAAUGUCGGCACGAAGAAAUCCUGGCGGCCCAGCAACAACAACAACAACAACAACAGCAACAGCUGCAACAGCAACAGCAACACCAUCAUCUCCAUCAUCAUUCCCAUCACCAGCAACGCACACUGUCGCAGACUACCAGUCUACUGCAGACCCCCGACGAUGCGGUCAGCUCGUCGGCAAAUACACUGUUCACUUUGGACACGCCUGGCGCCGUCGGUUCCGCCGGAAGUUACUGCGAGGUGCACGGAUUCGUGCAAGCGAAAGAAGAUAUCCAGGAGUUUUACGAGCUGACGCUGCUCGACGAGUCAAAAUCGGUGCAGCAGAAAACGGCGGAGACGAUCCGCAUCGCCGACAAAUGGGAAGCCAGUGAUGGGCCAAUUACGCCGACCUUCGCUCAAAACGACAUCAUAUGGUUAUUGCAGGGUGGUCCAGACUUCCCGGUGAACCAGACUCUGUCGAACAUUUAUGGCCGCACGUCGGCCAGUCCAGAGGCUCCAGUCUACGUAGACGAAACUCAGAAGACCCGUUACACUGGUGGAGGAGUGGACGAGCAGCUGCCACCACCGCCUUCGCCACCCCAGCUGAAAGAGGCAGGACAACUAGACGGAGUUCCUAGACCGAAUUCGGUCGAUCGUAUCCUACAUCCUGAUGGUAGCCAGCACAUCCUAACUAGCCACGAGGCCCUGAACAAGAGUCACGACAGCUGGCAAGGACACGACGGGGACCAGGCACACACGCCCCUUCUUGCGGCUGACACGAGACAUGUCAACGGAGACGAUGACUGGGAGUACGAGGAGAUUGUACUCGAAAGGGGUGGUGCUGGACUUGGCUUCAGCAUCGCCGGGGGCACAGACAAUCCACACUUCGGCAACGACACUGCCAUUUACAUCACGAAACUUAUACCGGGCGGUGCCGCGUCCGGGGACGGUCGUCUACGCGUCAACGACACGAUACUCCAGGUGAACGACGUUUCCGUUGUUGACGUACAACACGCGGCAGCCGUCGAUGCGCUCAAACGAGCAGGAAAUACCGUUAAACUAUACGUACGUCGACGGAGGCACACGCAGCUGAUCGAAAUCGAGCUAAUUAAGGGUAGCAAGGGCCUCGGUUUCAGUAUCGCUGGAGGUAUUGGCAAUCAGCAUAUACCUGGUGACAAUGGAAUCUACGUAACGAAAAUUAUGGAGGGUGGCGCCGCGCAAGUAGAGGGCCGUCUUGUCGUUGGAGACAAAUUGGUAGCCGUCAGAAAUGCCCUGCAGGGCGACAAGAACCUCGAAAAUGUGACGCACGAGGAAGCGGUGGCGACACUGAAGGCAAUCCAGGAUCGCGUGGUUCUUCUGGUGGCGAAACCGGAAACCGGAAUCGUGCCCCCGCCACCACCCCCCAUGGCCUCGGACAAUUCGCUCUCACCGCAACCACGAAAACAAAAUGGUUCUGUGUCGGCGCUGGAGAACAACUCGACGCUGCCGUAUUCGCAAGAAUCACGUCACGCGUCUUCUCUCGCUCUUCACGGCGCGGCCACGCCACGAGCUGUUUCUCAGGAGGACGUAUCACGAGAGGUACGUACAGUCGUGCUCAACAAAGGUUCCUCCGGCCUGGGUUUCAAUAUUGUCGGUGGCGAAGAUGGCGAGGGAAUUUUUAUUUCCUUCAUCCUAGCCGGAGGUCCCGCCGACCUCAGCGGUGAACUACGUCGCGGCGAUCAGAUACUCAGUGUCAAUGGCAUUAAUCUUCGGACAGCCACCCAUGAAGAGGCCGCCGCGGCCCUUAAGGGUACCGGGCAGACAGUGACGAUCGUGGUGCAGUAUAAGCCCGAAGAUUACAACAGAUUCGAGGCUAAGAUCCAUGAUCUUAAACAACAGAUCUCUCAGCAGAAUUUGAUGACAGGCACCCUCAUGAGGACCUCGCAAAAGAAAUCGCUUUACGUUAGAGCGUUGUUCGACUACGAUCCUAACAAGGACGACGGCCUGCCGAGCCGCGGUUUGGCAUUCCGUUACGGUGAAAUCCUACACGUGACGAAUGCCAGCGACGAUGAAUGGUGGCAAGCCAGAAGAGUGACUCCUCAGGGCGAAGAGGAGGGUCUCGGCAUAAUACCGUCACGCAGACGAUGGGAACGGAAGCAACGCGCCAGGGAUCGUUCCGUCAAAUUCCAAGGCCACAUGCCGGUCAUCCUCGACAAGCAAUCAACACUGGAUAGAAAGAAGAAGAACUUCUCAUUCAGUAGGAAGUUCCCGUUCAUGAAGAGUAAGGACGACAAAUCUGAAGAUGGUUCAGAUCAGGAACGGUCGCCCACGACACCCGAGAACGAAAACGAUCCUACACCAUUCAUGCUGUGCUACACCCAGGACGACACUAACACCGAAGGGAGUAGAGAAAUUUUGUAUCGUGUCGAACUGCCUUAUAUGGAGGAACUGACGUUAGUUUAUCUGGAACAGGAGGACGAUAAGAAUAAUGACGAGUGUAGCAGCGAAGAAAACGUGCUGUCGUACGAGGCAGUCCAGCAGCUCACCAUACAGUACACCCGACCUGUCAUUAUCCUCGGUCCUCUCAAGGAUCGCAUCAAUGACGACCUCAUCUCGGAAUUCCCGGACAAAUUCGGCAGCUGUGUGCCACAUACAACGAGGAGUAGAAGAGAGUACGAGGUGGACGGGCGUGAUUAUCAUUUCGUCGCAUCUAGGGAACAGAUGGAGAGGGAUAUUCAGAAUCACUUGUUCAUUGAGGCCGGACAGUACAAUGAUAAUCUAUAUGGCACGUCCGUGGCGUCCGUGCGAGAAGUUGCUGAGAAGGGGAAACACUGUAUUCUUGACGUGAGCGGAAAUGCCAUCAAGAGGUUACAAGUGGCGCAGCUGUAUCCCAUCGCCAUUUUCAUUAAACCGAAGUCCGUGGAAUCAGUUAUGGAAAUGAACAAGAGGAUGACUGAAGAGCAAGCGAAAAAAACGUACGAACGAGCACUGAAAAUGGAGCAAGAGUUUGGAGAAUACUUUACUGCCGUGGUGCAAGGUGACACGCCCGAAGAGAUCUACGUGAAGGUAAAGGAGGUAAUCGCCGAGCAGUCAGGCCCGAACAUUUGGGUACCGUGCAGAGAUCAGCAACUGUGACGUCCUGCCCCCCACGCUCAGCCCGGUCCGAACGCUUGGACUCUACCUCCGAGGCGUCAAGCUUAAUUACUCUUAAUAAAAUAAUCGAGUAACUCUCUAAUGCCUUCCCCGUCCCUGUCCCAAAACCCGUUCCACCUCACUUCAACCCACCUUCCACACACACACACACACCCGCCCAAUCGAGUAGCACAAUGUUCCAGUUAAGGCGUUAGCCGCGCACCAAGCUCGUCGAAAAAAGAAGACUUCGCAUCAAAUAAAGCUGACAGUAUGUGAAGGUUUAGAGGAGUAGAACGUUCAUGGGAGGAGAUUAGGUUAAGAGAAUAGGCAGAGGAUAAUAGUAAUUGAGCAUGCUUCGAAACGUGUUCGAAGUCUCCAUCGCGAGAACUUGUAACUCGCGAUCGUUCACGUCGCGAGAAAGGUUUCAUUGUUGAUUAUAUAAGGAUAAAACAGUCAAUGGCGUGUUCCAGCUGUAAUUGUUAUCCGUUUCGACGAGAGAUCUGAUCGCAGAAUAUUUAAGGCGUUUUAAGCAUCCUUCCACCGAGAGAUUGUUAGGAGGAAGGAUACAUGUUAUAAUGUUAAUACCAGAAGUGUUUCGUUGUAUUACGAUGUUUUCUCAUGAUUUCCACUUGACGAGUGGGUUUGUUGAGCAAGAUUACGAGCAUCGUCGCGUACUUGUCAUCACGUUAAAUUUUUAUCACUGUGUUAAGACGUCAAGCACGAAUACACGGCAGUUUGAUCGUUUACAGGAAUCAACCUCCUUGUCGCAACAAAGAAUGUAAAGUUACUUCGUAAUUUGCAACGUAAGAGAAAAGCACGGAGGACUGCAUCGUGUAUUCGUCUCGGUAUCGAUUUUAACGCGUGUGCAUGACGACUCGACCGGCGCAACGGAGCCGAUUCGUCGAGAAGACGUGUGUUUUACCGAAAGACUAGCGUCGCGGUUCUUCGAUUGAUCGAAUCGCGACGUGUUCUGUGUGUGUUAUGUUGUAUGUAUACAGUUCACGCAAUUGCUUGAAAAUACGACGAGAAUAGCGAGUAAUAAACGAAUGAUCGGCAUUUGGCCGGAGUUGAACGAGAAAGAGGUGAACCGAGAGGGUACGAGCGAGAAAACAAAAAAAUAAUAAAAGAUAAUAGAUGUUUAAGAUAGAUUUUCGUCGCGAUUAUUUGUAUGACGCGCACAGCACGUUAGACGCUUAAACAAAGAAUUUUCCACGCGCAAAUCGCGACGAUUACGGCGAUGAAAGCGUAACAAUGAAGAAAGAAAACGAGACAAGGUACGAGAAUAUACUGAAAAAUAAAGUAAAUGAAAAAAAGAAUCAAUAAAACAUAAUACUUGGCUUCACCGAACAUACUAUAUAUGUAUAGCUUGGUCCGGUUAAUUCUGAGCGAAGUAGCGCGGUAUUUUUUAAUGUACUUAAUCACAAUAAGAAGCGAACAAGAGACAGAAGGGAAUCGAAAACAUUCAUUGUCUGACGAGAUGAAAUUCGAACGUAUUAGAAUGCACUGGCAGGACAAACGGAAUAGAUAUAAAGGAAAAGGAAAUAGAUAUAGAUAUAAAGGAUAUAAAGGAAAAGAAAUAGAUAGAAAAGCAGGAUAAUGGGACAUUCUCAUUGAGAGUCUGUUCCACGAUAUGUUCUUUUUUUUUCUUUUUUUUCUUGCUAUGUUGAGAAAGGCGAAAAAAGGAAGAGAAAAAAGCAAAUAAAAUAGAGAAAAUGAACAAGAAGCGAUAAGAUCCAGGCGCAUGUUACGAACCUCACGAUUCAUCAAACCUCACAGGACAAAUCUCUAGAUACUAGAAUAGCGAUAUAUAAUGUUUUGUACAGCUAGAUUACUAAGCCAGUACUGGGUUAUGUGCAACAUUAUAUAUACAUAUAAAUAAAAAUAUAUAUAAAUAGAAAGCGCGCGAGAGAGGGAGAAACGAGCAGCAAGGAGAGAAAGAAUGAACGCUAUUGUAAUUUAAAUAGCACUACUAAAUUAUUAUUACGAUAGUAGGUAUAUAUAUACAUACAUAUAUAUAUAUAUAUAUAUAUAUUAUUGUAAAUAUCUAUAUCCGGGUAAUCGAGAUGGUAUAUGGUGGUAGCGUGUAACCGAUCAGGAAGCGGUGGUAGCGAGUAUUUCUCGAGCGUAUCGAAACAAGGAUAUGACGCGACGAAUUGUACACAUCCGAUGCAAAGAGGAACCGUUACUUUCGAGUUUCGUUUUCUACGAUUGGCCCGUGCCAAUCUAUAGAAAGCUAGAUGCGUAUGCGUAAAGAUAGAAGGAAAACGGAGCAGAUAUUAACAAGGACAGGUCUCGCAAACAGUCCGCGUUCUAUAACAAUUCUGAUGCAAAAAUUUUGCGAAUAACUUUCAGCAUUAUCUAGAUUAACGAAACGCCUCCGUUAUUCAGCCAUUUUCACACAGGCGAUUAAAAAAAUGAAAAAAAUCACGAGAAGAAUCAUCGAAUGGCAUCAUUUCGAUCACGUUACGUGUCCUGUGUUGAAAACAGAUCUGCAUAUCUGAGCAUUAAAUCUGGACGAGUGGAUACGAAAUGACGAAGGAAGUCGCUCAUCGAAAUACACAGUACUUAUGAGUGAAUAGAAAAAUGCGAGAGCAUUUGACGUACCGAGGAAAUGGUAUAGGAAGGGUGAUGUAAUGAAACUGUAGCAAGGGUUAUGAAAUAAAGAGAGAGUUUAACGCAAGAUGCAUCGUUUGGGAGAGAAUGCUCGUUUAGUCAGAGCUUGUACGUAGCUAAAACUGUAUAUCGUCGCAAUGACCACACACCUACAUCUCUUAUUUCAUAAUCGCCGAUCGUGCAAGCGAUUUCGCUGAUCGUUUCGUCAAUUGCCUUUCCUUCGGUUGGACGAGCGAAAAGGGCCGAUUUCGCGUUCUUUUUUCCUUCCGUUUUUAGUUUAUUCGUAGGAUGUGAUUCGCGCGAUCGAACGACAUCGAUUGACUGUCGGGUAUAAUAAUAAUUAGCAGGGGUACGCUUUCUACGAGCUAUUUUUCCUACGACAGAAUCCUGUGUUUAGAGUCGUUAACGCAACAGCCGUCACACGCAUUUACAAGAAAAAGAAAUAAAAAAAAGAGAGGGAGAAUAAGUAAAAAGGGAGUCGUAUUAUCGACAAUUGAAGGAUGAAUCGAAUGGCAAGAAACGUUGACGUAUUAAUAUUAUCGCACAGGACGUGCCUGAAAACAGAAAAAUUAAAGGAAAAGUGAGAAGGUUUGGCUUCGCCGAAAAGUAAUGAGACAACCUUUAGAAAAAAAUAAUAGAGGAAGAAGUGGAGGAAGUAAAAUGAUGAAAAAGACGUUUGUCUCGAUGUAAAGGAACGUAUAAAGAGAAUAAUUACUACAGACACUUAUUAUACAUCUCUAUAGUCUAUUUAAUAAUAUUACUUAUUGAAUUGUCAAUCUCAUGUUCACCUUGUUUCAUCGUUUUUAAAUAGUUAAUAAACGUUUUACCAAUUUUAAA